CCCCCUGAAAUAAGUAGGAUGCAAGAUCGACGGAAUGGUCUCCGUGGUCGUCUGCACAUCUCCCUCCAUCUCGACUUCUACUGCUGUGCAUGCCAGCUGAUCUGUCACAAUAACACGAUAUCAUCUCCCAGCUGGUCACCAUCUGAACCCAUCCUCAUGUGUAUGGCCAUGGACCGAGCCAACUCGCGGUCCAUGUCUGGGGUUGUCCUCAAUCCAAUCUCUCUACGUUUCUACCACAAUGAUCCCGCCUCGAUCCGUCAAAAUAUCGCCAACCUGCACCACGUCGCCCUGAACACCGACGUCGACAACCAUCUCGACCUUGCCAUUGCCCCUGAACACAUCGCAGCGUUCCAAGCCCUCGGCCUCGGCGGUGAUGUACUGCACAAAAAUCUCGGCUCGGAUCUCAAGUCCGAAGGCCAGCUCGGAGAAUACCAAUCCGCCCAGGGUCUCCCCGACCUCUCCUGGUUCGAGGAGUACCAUUCGUAUGACGGCCAUCUGCAGUACUUAAAGGACCUGCACUCCGCCUUCCCCAACCAGUCGGAGAUCAUUGUCUCUGGCGAGUUGUAUGAGGGCCGUCCUAUUCAAGGUAUUCACAUCUGGGGUGCCGCAGGCAAGGGUGCCAACCCCGCCGUUCUCUGGCACGGCACCGUUCAAGCUCGCGAGUGGAUCACUCCCAAGACCACGGAAUACCUCACUUUCCAGCUGAUCUCCGGAUACUUGGAUGGAACAACCGAGGUCGUAGACAUUGUCGACAGCUACGACUUGUAUGUCUUCCCGGUCGUCAACUCCGACGGUAAGGGUUUCUCCUACCAUUCACAACGGGAUCGCCUAUGGCGCAAAUCCCGCCAGCCGCGCGACGGCGCGUCCUGCAUCGGCACCGACAUCAACCGAAACUGGCCCUACAAGUGGCAAGUCAGCGGGGGCGCCUCCUCCGACCCCUGCGACGAGACGUACAGGGGCGAGGAGUCUGGCGACACGCCCGAUCUACAGGGGAUCGUCAGCCUCGUCGACGAGCUCGCUCGCCGCCGGCCAGGGCAUCCAGCAUACAUCCUCCUCCCCUUCGGAUACGACUGCGACGCCGUGACCGACACACAGGAGGAACAGCUAGAGUUCGCGGCCUCGGCUGCCGAGAUCAUCGAAGCGCAGGGUGGCACCGCCUACACGCACGGAGCCAGCUGCGGCCAUCUCUACCCGACUACCGGGAGCAGCGUUGACUAUCUCGCCGCCGUGGCGGGCGCGCAGCUCGCGUGGACGGUGGAGCUGCGUCCCGACAGCAGUUUGGUGGGGGGCUUCAAUAACCACGCCAAGUACGGGAAAUACGGGAAAUAGGCCCAGGAGGCUGGGUUUGGUUGAGGUAACAACCAUCUGUAUUGAUAUGUAUAUACAUGUGAACGGGACGAUAGGACGAUAUAAAUGCACAUGAACUUGGUCCCAUUCUAUCCGCAAGACCGGAGCUGUUGUAUGCCACUCCGAGGCUUAGAUCCGCAUCGCGUACCUAGCUUGUAGCCCAGUUAGCAACUCCAAUCUGGCACUUCAUUAGAAGAUGGAAAGGGAAGAGAUGGAGCGAAGAGUCAGAAUUUUCAGUGUGAAUAAAAUAAUCAUGGAAAGAUCAUAGACUGUGUAACAUAGGUAUGGUUCAUCAUUCAGGUUUAGGAUGUAAAAAAAAAUCAAAAUCGGGGAGAUUUUACUUACUUGCAGCACUUUGGCAGGAGUGUUU